AUGGGAUAUAUAAACACCUUGAUAAGCAUAAUGAUUACUUCAACGCUCUUGGGGUUGAUACUAUUUUUUAGGGGAGUUUUCAUAGAUAGAUAUUAUAUUAGGGAUAAAGCUGAAGGAAAAAUAGAAAAAGCAGAUCCUGUUGUAUUGAUAGUAAUAGAUUCAUUUAGAAUGGAUCUAGCAGUUAGCUACAAUUUCAACUUUAUCUAAUAAAGAAAAAGCGAUCCUUAAUCACUUAUUUUUUUAUCUUUAGCUGAAACUCCCUCAGUCACUGGACCUCGAAUUCAAACCAUGACUACAGGUAACUUCGCUCCAUUAACGAAGGUCUUAGAUAAUUUUCAUGAUUCAGAGAUUGUUGAAGAUAGUUUCAUACAUUAAGCAAAAAUGGGUGGGAAGAAAACAUUAUUCAUCGGAGAUAAUAACUGGCUUGGACUCUAUCCUAACGAAUUUACUUAGGCUCAUCCUUUAAAUAAAAUGAGAGUCAACUCCCAAGCAAUGUACGUGGUUGAUAAAAAGUUUGAAAAAUUAUUUCACUAAAACUUUAAUUAGAAAUUCGAUCUGACUGUCAUCCACUUUUUAGGAAUAGAUUAUGUGGCACAUGAAUAUAAUAGAAUUGUUUAAAAUAAAAUCCUUGAUGAGCAAUUAGAAUAAUUGAGUGAUAUAAUAACAAGAAUUUAUUAAAGGUUAUCAAAUGAUACCACUCUAAUUAUAACAGGUGAUCAUGGUAUGUUGAAUGAUGGCAAUCAUGGAGGUAACAGUUCAUUAGAAACUAACACUGUAUUCUUUGUAACUAAAAAAAAUGCUCAUUAUGAUAAAUACUUUAUGAAAAAAUUUGAUGGAUUUCGAGAUGACUAUGAAACAACAGCAAUUAAAUAAGUCGACAUAGCCCCAACCUUGGCUAAACUAAUUGGAGUUCCAAUCCCAUUUAGUAAUAUUGGAAUGAUAAUCCCAGAAAUAUUUCCAAGUGAUAUUGUCAAUGAUUAUUGUGUGGAGAAUUUGAAGCAGAUGUUUCACUAUUCAAAAAAGGUCAAAUAAGAAUAAGGCCUAUUUACUAAGGCUCAAAUUAAGUAAUGGAGGAAUAAGAUUGACAAAGUUUCGAAUUGUGCUGAAGCCAUUCCAAUCAUGGAAGAAAUUCAUCACGAAAGUAGAAUUAUAUGGAACAAUUACAAUGAGCUCUUGAUAUUCCUUUCAAUUAUCUUCUAGGUCCUCACUUUGGUGCUCUAUAUUACCACUUUAUUGAAUAUUAAAUAUGUUAAAGACUAUUCGCUUUGGAUUACACUCGUAAAAUUAGUCAAAUAAAAAUAUAAUAUUUAUAGUAAGCAAAUAUUCAUAGGACUAUUUGCAUUGUCAAGUUUGAUUUUAUUUUUAGAGGUAGAAGUCUUUAUAGCAAUUUUAUUAAUUAUAGGAAUUACAAUCAUCCUGAUUUUUUCAAUAGUUUAAUUAUACCAAUGUAUGAAAGAAGAAUCUGCUACAUAUUCAUCCUUGAACAAGGAUCCUGUGAAUCAUAGAAAAGAAUUCCAAUACUUCAAAUUUUUUAUUUUAGCCAUAUUUUUGCAUAAAGUGUACCGUUAAGGAUCUCUGUUGUUUUCAAUUGAUGCUGAAACUAUUGAACAUAACGAAUUGUUUGAUUAGAUUUUCGAUUUGUUAUUCAUGAGUAUUGUCCUAAACAUCAUGGUGUUACUCAAAACCUAUUAUGAUUCUGGAUAAUCAAAGAGGCAUUUUAUUUAAUUAGCUAAGUCUAUUGGAGAAUAGUUAAUGAUUGGAGUAUUGGCUUUGAUUCUGCUCCAAUUAGAAUAUCUAUAUUAUGAACUCAGUCUUGAACAUUCUUUCAAAAAUUUAAGAAAGAAGAAGUAAUUAAUUCAUAUUUAUUUCCCCUGUAUUUUGCAACAUGCUCUAUUGUUUUACUAUUAGAAAUUGGGGAACAAAAAUAGAUUUACUAAGGUAGUAGCCCAUUUGUUUCUAUUGAUCAUUCAAUUCUAUUUCGUUGUACCUUAGAUAUCUUUAUUUGAUUAAAAUAGAACUCUUAUACAAAACUCCCUCAAAGCCUUAAUCUUUUGUAUGCCAUUUUUUUACAUCUACGCUAAGGACUUGGUUUUCUUCUUAAUUCCCACAUAAUUGGCGACAUCCUAAUAUGGAAUUGCGAUUUAUACUUACUUCAUAAUACUGAUGUUGCUGGUCUAUAUUUUAUCGAAACCAUAAUUGAAGUAUAACAAAUUGAUUUUUGUUGCAAUAAUUUCAUUAAUUUGCUAAUACACAUGGUUUAUGAUAGGCAAUUAAUGUUCUAUAUCGGCGGUUCAACGUGCAACAAAAAGAAUAGGAUUUACGACCACUAAUGGUGUGGAACUGCUUCUAAUAAUAGUUUAUCUUCUUAUAGGCCCAUAUGUUGGGGGUUGCUUAGUCUUGAAAUUUGUAGGGAGUAUGCUGAAGGAAGAGAAGGAUGAGUUAAGAGAGUCAGAGUAGGAGAACACUAAUAAGGAGAUAAAACUAUAUUUUCUGCUUAACUUUUAUCUUUAGAUAUUGUUUACCUAAUUCCACAAUUAUAACAAUUUGGGCGGAUAUACAACAAUUUAAUUUAAGUAUAUCUUUGAUGUGGUUGGAUAUAUGAUAAUUUGUUUAUUAGUUUAUAUUUAAUGA